AUGGCAGAGAAUUAUGCCAAAGCAACAAAUCUUUCAAAAGAAGAAAUUUUCAAAAAAGUUCUACAAAGCAUAAAUUCAACUCUUCAAUCAAUGGGCAAAGAUAUCAAAGAUUUCAAUAUUUGCUCUGACAACAUGAUCUCAUCUGAUAUUCGAGAUACCUGCCGCGAAAUUGAAGAAAAAAUGAAUAUUGUUGUUUCUGAAGCUGAUUACCAGUCUAUUUCCCUAUUAUCCUCAGAACAAAAAGUAGCAUUUGACAAAAUCUUAAAUAGGGUCUACUCAGGAAAUCAAGGGUGUUUUUUCAUAGAUGGUCUUGGAGGCAUUGGUAAGACCUUUUUAUACAAGGCAUUGUUGGCAACAAUUAGAUUCAAGAAUUACAUUGCUCUUGCAACAACAAUAUCUGGAGUAACAGCCUCUAUUCUCCCAAGAGAUGAGGCACCUAUGGCCAAGAGGCAAAACAUUGAGGCAUUGAAUGAUAUGCUGAAGGAUAUCAAUGAGUCAAAAUUACUCUUUGGAGGCAAAGUUGUAGUUUUGGAUGGUGAUUUUCGACAAAUACCACCAGUCAUUCCCAAAGGAACAAAAUAUGAUUCAAUUGAUGCUAGCUUGGUCAAUUAA